AAUCAGCUGUAACAAAUAUAAACAAUCUAAAUAUAAAUAAAUAUGAUGAUGUCUCAUAGUCAUAAUAAUAUUAAUUAUUAUGGUUAGCUUAUCUAGAAGUUACAAUACAAAUUCAGGGGGAGCGACAUUUUUCAGUGAAUCGGUCAACAUGGACGAUCGCGAGCUGCUCCAGCCCGUACUGGACUCUUUCGGGGGCUUCGCCCCCAUCCGUACAGCGCCCCUUUACAGCUUCCACUUGCUAUUCACUUUUGUUUUGGACAUAGUGGCCAUUGUCUAUGCAGUCACCCAUCCAGCACUUGAUUCCAAAUGUACUGAGUACUUUGUGAUUUUGUACUUGCAUGUUGCCUUAUGGUUUAUCACUUUUGCAAUUCAUUUGAUUACCAAACGCAUUCACCACCAAGUCAGGUUGAAUGGUUAUUUGGAGUUUUACAAAAAUGCUGAGGCUCAUACGAGUCUGCCUUUGAUUACUGUGAGUCUGUGGACGGUUGCCUUGCUUCUGGUGCAAACGCUCAUGGUCCAUUAUUACCCAGACGACUUUGCCAAAAAGUGUCUGGAGGGGGGCACUCUAUCUCCUAGAGCUUAUAUUUGUGCUCUGGUUACUUUAGAGUUUUGCACUAUAGCUGGAAUUAAUGUCUCUUAUAUCAUGAAAGUUUGGAAAUUCAAUCAGCAACAAGCCCCACCUGACGUUUUAAAGGGCGAAUGGCUGAGCUCAGCCAAUCCAGAGACAUUUAGCCAAAACGAAGUUGGCUACAAAGAAAUGGGCAGUAGAGUGUAUGACUUUCUAGAGAAACAGGCUGAUUUGAUUCGUUAUCUCAAAGAACACAAUGCCAGGCUUGCUCAGAAAGUGAUGACUCUGAGCGCUCAGCUGCGCAGUGAAAAUCCUACUGGUGUUUCUACUAGCACUUAGCAGUGAAAACGUAAGGAUCUUAUUAUUAUUGAAACUCUCUAAAUAAAUUGUUUUGUAUUAUUAUUUAUUUGAUGAUUGAUCCCCAAUGCUUAAGAGCACCAAGUUUUGUCCAAAAGGCAUUUGCCUUUGAACCAUUUAUAAUGCAGUUGGUUUUCAACUGAAUAUCCUUCUUUUAAUGUGUUGGCGGCUUCUUCUUGUGACUCAAUUGGCGGGAAAACUCUUUUGCAAUCGCCUCGAUUCAAAUGUUCCUUAAAAGCUGCUAUCAAGUAUUGCCUGGUUUCAACAGAUAAACAGCUUUUGCAUAGCUGACAGUCUGACGAAGCGCAGCCCGACUUGCACAAGUCGCUGGCGCAUUUUUCUGGAUAAGUGACUAGAUGCUUGUCAGAAACUACCAUUGAUUGGUCUGUCCUAAAAAUCUACAAAUUUAGCUUCAAGUCAAGUAAAGGUAGGUAGUUGUCUCACCUCUUUCGAAUCCUUUCUCCGACUCCCACCAAUCCGAAAACGUUGUACAAAACUUGAUGGUAGAGCAACCUGUUGGGCGGAUAAUGCGCUGAAGACAAGUUUGGACUCAUGUUGGCUUCCAGUAGGUGGACGUGCAAGUUUUCGUCCACCACGAAGUCAAAUCGCAUCAUUUCGAAGAAGUUACUUUUGGAUUUGUACCUGUAACAUGUAUAGAAAAAUUGUAACUGUUGUUUUUGAAGUAGGUCCUUAUUCUUGAAAGAGGAAGGCUGCGUUCCAGGAAACGAGUGUUCCGUCUUUGUUACUUAUAUUAUUAGUUGCUUAUCAUUGAGAAAGACAGAACACUCGUUCUCCUGCCUGGUAACGCAGCUCCCCUGUUUCAAGGGGUGAUAAAAUAAAUGGCGCUAGUUUUGCUGGGAAAUUAUUUUUCUUUGAAAUAAAGCUGCUAAUGUUAAUUAAUAAUAAUUAAAAUCAUGCUACGACUUUGUUGUUUAUUUUAUUUAUAUUUAUUCUACAAUAAUAAUAAUUUUCUUGUUGUUUUAUUUUGCGCAUUGCCGAGUUAUUGCCCAAGUAGGCUUUGAAAAUUUUCAAAC